CGCUUCAUCAUGAGUCUGAGUCGUACCAAGCGAAUUAGCUCCAGUAACUCAGUUCGGAGCAGCAGCGGCUCGAGGAGGCUGAGUGGUUUCGGUCCGGUUCAGGGAGGUUUCAGUGGCAUCUCCCUCAGCAGCAGUUCUCUGUAUGCGGGCACCAACGGGCAUCACCACGGCCUGGGGGCUCCGCUGGCAUCCCUGUCCGUCAACAAGAGCCUGCUGGCUCCUCUCAACCUGGAGAUCGAUCCAAACCUGUCCAUGAGUCGAGCCCACGAGAAGGAGCAGAUCAAGAGUCUCAACAACCGCUUUGCAACCUUCAUAGAUAAGGUACGGUAUCUGGAGCAGCAGAAUAAGAUGCUUGAGACAAAACUGGAGCUGCUGCAGGGUCAGGGGGUCAGCCGAUCUAAUGUGGAACCCCUGUUUGAGGCCUACAUGGCAGGUCUGAGGCGCCAGAUGGACCUGGUCAACAAUGACAAGACUAAGCUGGAUGGGGAGCUGAGAAACAUGCAGGGUCUGGUAGAGGACUACAAGCACAAAUAUGAAGAUGAAAUUAACAAGAGAAACAACCUGGAGAACGACUUUGUUAUCUUAAAAAAGGAUGUAGAUUCAGCCUAUUUGGUCAAGGCUGAUCUGGAGGAUAAGGUCGGAGCUUUGACUGAUGAAAUAAACUUCCUGCGUAACGUGUAUGAGGAGGAGCUGCGUGAGCUGCAGGCGAGCAUUAAAGAUACCUCAGUUGUGGUGCAGAUGGACAACAGCCGCAGUCUGAACAUGGAGCAGAUUGUAGCUGAGGUCAAAUCUCAGUAUGAGGAGAUUGCAGCCCGCAGUCGAGAGGAAGCAGAGGCCUGGUACAAGAAUAAGUUUGACCAAAUGUCAGUCCAGGCCAGCCAGUUUGGGGACGAGCUCCGCAUCGUGAAGGGAGAGAUCGCCGAGAUCAACCGACUGAUCAGCCGCCUGCAGAGCGAGAUAGAAGCGGUCAAAGCACAGCGUGCCAGUCUGGAGAACCAGCUGGCUGAGGCGGAGGAGCGUGGAGAGCUUGCUGUGAAAGAAGCCAAAGCUCGGAUCAGAGACCUGGAGGAAGCUCUGCAGAGAUCCAAACAGGAUAUGGCUCGACAGCUCCGGGAGUAUCAGGACCUGAUGAACUUGAAACUGGCUCUGGACAUUGAGAUCGCCACCUACAGGAAGCUGCUGGAAGGAGAGGAGGACAGACUUGGACAACAGUCUAUCCUCAACAUCCAGCCCAUCUCCAACUACAGUUUCUCUUCAAGUACUAAAAGCACUAAUGGCUACCAAAGUGCCUCCAGCUCUCCUGCCCCGAAGCUGCUGAUAAAGACAAUUGAGACCAGAGAUAACAGCAGAUACAGCAUUCACUGAGAGCACACUCACUGGUCCGCUGUGAUUUUCUAAAAGCUGUCUCUAAAUGUGUGAGGGGCUCCACGGGGCAUUUCAUUACUUUACUUAGAAUAAUGGAAACACAAAUGAUGUAAAUGACAAAACCGAGUGGGAGUAGUCCUGGGGUUUGUUGUUAGUUCCUAAUACUGUUAAGGAUUUUAAUGUGUUUCGUUUAGUGUGCUGAGUAGUCUAGCUUUAAUCAUAUGGGGUUUUGAUACACACUGUGGUAGAGUGCUGUGUUAUUUACUGUCUAAUCUGUACUGAGAUUACACGGUCAUACGACUAUUGGAGUUUAGAGUUUAGGAUAGCUGGUUAUAAAGAGAUUUUUUUAUGCUACUAUAAAGAACAUUAACUUUCUUUAGCUACAGAAGUAGUUUAGUUUGAGGGGGCUAAGUUACUUUUUAGUUGCUUUCAAAAAUAAAGUGAUCAUAAACAAAAAUGUUCUUGAGUUUUUAUUCUUUCCUGUUUCUGAAACUUCUGUAAAAGCAAAAAAAAUCCAAAGUAUAAAAAACUCCAUGCUAAUCAUACGUCACAUUUGAUUUAUUUAUAUUGAUGUCUCUGUCGCGUUGCUACACACAGACUCAGCAUUUCAGAGGACCCACUAAAAUGUGCUAUUUUUAUACAGUCAGCCCCAUGUUCCCCUUUUUUAAUGUGAUUAAGCAUCACUGUUACAAAAGACCAAACAAUAUUACAGCAUGAGCAUGCACUAGCAGUUAAAAUUAAUAUACCCAGAGUUAACAGUAUACAGUAUCUGAAAAUACCAGAGGCCCUGCUGAGGUUAGAGGUUUGUCCCAUGGCAAUGUAAAACAAA